UGAAACUAAACUUGUGUCAGCCUGCCUUUCUCCUCUCAGACAUGGCAGAGCCUCGGAUCCCUGUCAAGAUGAACCGCCUCUGCUGUCGGAUCUGCUCCGAGGUCCUCAGGAAUCCUGCAACUGUUCCCUGCGGACACAACUUCUGCAUGCAGUGCAUCCAGGGCCACUGGGACCGAGACGAGAGGAGGGACCGUCACUACAGCUGUCCUGAAUGUGGUAGGAAGUUUCCCUCCAGACCUCAGCUGAUCAGGAACACGACUCUAGCUGACUUGGUGAGGGACACAGAGAGGUGUGAUGAUGGCAGCACAGAGGAGAGGAGACAAUCAGGGCCAUCUAAAAGACCCCGGAGCUGUACAGAGACAUCAGCAGGAAGCGGUGUGUGUGUGAAGCACAGCAGCCCUCUGGAUAUCUACUGCUGCACUGACAAGCAGAUCAUAUGUGCAAUGUGUGCUGCAGCUGAGCACAGGGGACACACCAUAGGGUCAGUGAGGGAGGAGAGGAGGAGGAGACAGGAGGAGCUGAAGAACGUACAAAAAAAAUCCAAGCAGAUUCUGCAGAAACAAGAAAAGAAAUCAAAGAACAUGGAAAGGACUCUUGAACAGAUUCAGGAUGAGGCGAGAAAAACACGGGACUACUGUGAAAGCAUCUUGGUGAGCGUCAUCGACUGCCUCCAGAGACAUUACAUGUCAGUGAGGGAGCUGAUCAGAGGUCACAGGGAAGAGGCGACAGCUCAGGUUGAGAUGUCCCUACAGACCCUGCAGGAGAAGAUGGAGGAAAUCAGAAAGAGAGAUGCUGAGCUGGAUCGUCUGGCACAAAUUGACAACGAUGUCCAGUUCUUACAGGAAUGGCCCUCUCUGCGGCGUCUCUGUAAAGAAGACCAUCUCCAUCCUCUCAAUGAUGUUCCAGAGGAUCCACUUCUCCCCUUUGACUGCACAAAGAGGGCUGUUGAAGAGCUCGGGAGGCGACUGGAGGAGUUUUGCGACAAAGAAUUCGCCUCAAUCACUGAAACUGCUGACAGCGGAGAAGAGCAGGAAUCAGGAGAGGAGACAGAGGACGACGACAUGGAACAAGGAUAUGAAGCCGGUGUUUCUGGAGUUAACACUGUGACUGAAAAGGACAUGGAGCCUAAAACCAGAGAACAGUUCCUGCAGUAUGCAUGUAGCCUCAGCCUGGACCCCACCACAGCUCAUGAGGACCUGGUGAUUUCUGCAGGAGGCAAGGAGGUGAGGCUCAGCCCUCUCAAGUGUAAGAGUACAGCUAUACGUUUCCCGCAGAGGUUUCUCCACCGACGGCAGGUGCUGUGCAAGCAGGGGCUGAAGGCCGAGUGCUGCUACUAUGAGAUAGAGGUGCAAGGAGACAAGGCUGAGAUCGCCCUCGCCUACGAAGGAAUAGACAGAAAAUCUCGCACUAUGCUGUCAGCGUUUGGGGCCAAUGAAAAUUCCUGGAGUCUUGAUCGCUCCACAAAGUACUCUGUGAGCCACAGGGGUGACAGCAUCGAGCUCACGGAAAACCCAAGUCAUCACAGGCUCGGUGUUUAUCUGAAGUUCAAAGAGGGAACUCUGUCAUUCUACGAGGUGUCAGACAGUAUGAAGUUUCUUUACACAGUUAAAGCUGAAUUCACAGAGCCUCUGUAUCCGGGCUUCUGGCUCGGAGAGAAAUGUUGCAUCAGGAUCUGUGAUUUGACACAGGACUGACUAUGAACUGCCUCAGAGGUUUGUAGACGGAGCCAUUACCAAAUCUCCUCAACUGUAGUCUUUUGAUUGUUUUCUGAAACUUGGUUAUGUUCUGUAUGUGGGGUUGCCCAAUAGAAAGUAGCCCCAUUUGCCCCUUAGAGCCCUCUUAAGGCACACCUACACAGAUUGUAUGAAAUGGGAAAUGGAAACUUUACAUAACUACAUAACUGUCCUUAUAUAAAAUGUAACUGUGUUUUUUUUAUUGUGAAAUAACUUUAAAUUAAAACCAGAUCUCGGUUUUUUGAGGUCCUCUUGGACCUCUGCAUGUGCCUAUACCACAUUUUGGGAACCACUGUCUUAGAGUUCAUUACUUGAAAAAACCAGCGUGUCCUCGAUAAAUCAAACUCAACUGAACAGAUGAAUUAAUAAACAUAAGGCAGCAUUCUCUUACAUGUUGCACACCCUUUUUGAAAUUUAUUUUUACAUUAUAUUUUCAUGUCAUAAUCUACCUGCUGUUUUUAUGUUACAACU